AAAUACAAUAAUAAAAUCAAUCUAUUAGGUAAUAGAAUAUAUUAGGUAUUCUGUCUUGUAGCAGUUAAGAGCAACGAAUAGGUAAAAAAAUAUUGCCAAAAAAGCACUUAUACAACAAAUAUAUGUAUGGCAAAGAUAUAACUCAUUCUAAUUAUGAGAGCUAUUUAUAACGACGUGCUUCGAAUCAGCCUCGCAAGCCUGAGCUCCGAGGUUGUUGUCCAACUUAGACUGUAUAUAAGCAAUAUACAACAACACAAGCGCAUCACCCAUCUAUAUCCGAUCAAUGCUAAUAUCUUCACACUCUGCUCUGUUUAAAGUAUCGUACAAGAUCGGUCUUCCCAACAUAUUGGGCAAUACUGCCAGUUGCAGAAAUAUGAUAAUGGCUAGUACUGUGAGGUCAAAGAAAUUCAUUGAUACUCAAACGCCAAUAUGAUAGUGCUUCGUAUGGUUGAGCAUAGUACCUAACUUUUGCUUUGGUAAAAUAUGUACAUAUCUUAUGUGAAUAUAUCGAAACGACGAAGCUCGACAGAAGUCAGUAAUUUUUGCCAAAAAUGCUGCUCCUUGGCUUUCUUCUCCCGGCAGCGGCGGCGCUUCUGCAAUUUAGCGACACUUCGAACUGUUCAAAAUACGGCGGUCUUUAUGAAUUGGUUACUCGCAUCGGCGUUGUUGAGCUUAGUAUUCAUAAAAACGCUUUUUGUAUAGAAAAAUGCCCAUCGGUGCCGCAAAUCCAAAACUUGGACUCCCAGCCCACGGUGGAAUCCGCCAGUAUCACCACGGCGCGCUGCGGUUUACAAGCUACGGGGUCAGGUUAUGCCGCAAUCCUCACCUGCACUUACCACAACGCGACGGGUCAUGAGAUCAAGGUGGCGCACUCAUUCCCGCAGUUCCGAGAGUGGGCGAAAGAAGAUCCUCGCUGUGUAUUGGAAGGAUCACUGAUUACGAAAUAUUCAAUGUUUUCGAUAUGGCUCGUCCUAAAAGUAGGAAUUGUCAUUUUUAUAAGCACAGUUUUUCUGGCUAUUUGCUGCCUUGGAUGCUGCUGUGGUUGGUGCUGCUGUCGAUAAAGCCCUGCUGUGGACUUCGGCCUAUCUGGACUUGGAGAUCGCGCAUUGCGUGGCCGAUACCAACAGCAUUUGUCUACGAAAAGAAUUAUCACAGGCUUGAACGGCCACGUCAAGGGGGAACACACAUCGAUAGCCAGGCGCAGUUGAUAACGAUAACCGUCGCAUUAAAUACUUAAUUGAAGCUAUAAUCAAAAGCAAACUAACAAAAUAAAAGCAGCGCUUAUAAUAUGCGAUUU